UCAGAAUGGAGGAGGGUGGGAAAAGUCCAGAGGGACGGAGGUACGGGUUAGUGAAACCAUCAGUGCUGCUGCUGUGUGUUCUGUUGGCGAGUCCUGACUCCUGAGUAAUACCGCAGCCUCUCCCCUCAGCAGGUUGGGGACAGGAAUCAGCAUCUUCAGCACAGUGCGGCGGUGUGUGAUGUAUUAGGGCUGUGUGUGCGCCUCGCGUACAGGGUGUCCCUCAGCAAACUUAAUUUGGACUCCCGGAGAGAGAGAGAGAGGAACCUGAACACCUACACCGAUCCGCCUGGCCGCCAGAUAAGGUGCAGAAAUGUCAUCUGAUUCAACAUCGCCUGUUAGUGGCCCCUCCAGCAAUUCCCCAAUAUCUCCUCAAUCUCCGCAAUCACCAAAGACCCUCAAUUUACCAGACACUCGUUAUACUAGGGAUCGUUCUCCAUCCCCCAUAAGAGGACACUUCAUUCCCAGUCCUCUCCCAACUAGACGUACAAGAACAUUUUCUGCCACUGUACGGGCCUCUGAAGGACCUGUCUACAAGGGCGUCUGCAAAUGCUUCUCCCGCUCUAAAGGACAUGGCUUCAUAAUACCUGAAGGUGGAGGACCUGAUAUCUUUCUACAUAUAUCCGAUAUUGAAGGAGAGUAUGUUCCUGUAGAAGGAGAUGAAGUCACUUACAAAAUUUGCACCAUUCCACCCAAAAAUGAGAAACAUCAAGCUGUAGAAGUUGUAAUCACUCAUUUGGCUCCAGGUUCAAAGCACGAGACGUGGUCUGGUCGUAUCAUCACAUCAUAAAUACAUAACUGCAUCUACUUCUAUUUACACAUUUUGGCUUGUGCGUUCAUGGUUGUAAUAGAAUUUAAUAAAAUCUUUUUAAGGUUUCAACAAAAAUGAAUUUUCAAGUAACCAUGAGAAUAGUGUUAUAAUCCAGUAGGUAAUCACAUUUUUUUUUUGGCAUCUAAUACACUGAUUCCCAUGGUUUUAUACAGAAUAUCAGGGCUACAUCUUAAUUGGCAAUUGUGGUGCCCGACUGCAAAAAUAUUAGUCUAGAAUUUGCCACUAAGAUUUUGAAUUACACCAGUUUGGCUUUAAAUCUCUUUUCGUAUAGUGUAUUUCUAUGUAACAUUGUUAUGCAUACCUAUAUAACCCAUAAUGGGAGAAAAGAGGGAACUGCAGCUGAGAACCAUAUUAAUGGCACAUACAUCUUGUGCAUUAAAAAUGUUUAUCUGAUUCUAUAUACUGUACUACAAAAGUGAUAUUCUGUUCUCAUUUAGACCUGUCUUUCAGAUGUUUAUUUGAAUAUUGCUAAUAAAGUUUAAAUAGUUACACCAUC